AUGAAUAAUAAUGGAAAUUUUAUCAAUAUAUCCGAUCCAUUGAUUAUGCAUAAUCAGUGUUCACCAUUAACGAAACAAUCAUAUAUAGAUCAAACAACUCAAUAUGAUCAAUCACAAAAUCUAAUAUCUAAUCCUCUUCUUUUUCAUGAUCCAAAAUCAUUAAUGCAAUUACCUAAAUCUGAAAAACGUAAACAAGAAAAUUUAAUUUGUGAUACAUGUGGAAUUGAAGUUAAUUCACAGCAAAUGAUGGAUGCUCAUAUUCGUGGGCAAAAACAUAUGAAAAAAAUGAAACUUAAAACAAUUGAAUUAGCUAAUCAUACAUCUGACAAUAUUGAUAUCAAUCAAAAACCUGUAGUAUUAUCAAAUUUCGAAAGUCAACAAAAUCAACCAUCGACUUCAUCUAAUAAAAAAAGUGCUCUACAAUUAAUAAAUGAAUUAGCCAAUUUUAAUAAGGUAACUACUAAAUAUGAUUUAAUAAAAGAAACUGGUCCAGCACAUUGUAAACAAUUUGAAGUACAAUUAACUAUUGCCAAUGAAAUUUAUACAGGUAUUGGAACAAGUAUUAAACGAGCACAACAAGUUGCUGCUGAACAAGCUUUAAUAAAUACGAUAUUGAAAAAACCUGAACAAAAACAACGUAAAUUAAACUCAUCACAAAUGAUACCUACAAGAGAAAUGAAUUCAAAUAAUUCUCAACAACAAAUAAAUUUGAUUAAUGAAAAUAAAUUUGAAAUUCUUUUAAAUAAAAAACAUAUUGAAAUAACUGAAUAUGAUAGUACAAUAAUAGCAUUAAAUAAUUUUGUUGAAGAUACACAACGAGCUAUGAAAUAUGUUUCUGAUCAAAUGAUGGAACAAUAUCAACUUAAAAAUAUACGUGUUGUACCACAAUUAUUAGAUAGUAUUCAAUUAAAUGAUAUUAAACAAAUUGAUGAAAAUUCAUCAGAAUCAUUUCGAAUGCUUAAAGGUGUUAUGAAAAUAUCCAUUUUAGCAAUGCGUCUUUAUCUUAAAACUGAUCAUGAAUAUACAUUAGUACUUAUUUGUGCUAAUAAACCAAAUGUAACAUUACUUAAUGAUAUUUGUCGAGAAUUAAAUAUUACAUUGAAUAAACAAAUUAUUUCUUCGAAUGAAUUUGAUUCUACUAAACAACAACAACAAUCAAUACGAAAUAUUUAUCAAGUACAAGCUCAUAUAGUUGAUGGUUGUUUAACUGUUAAAUCUAGUCAUUUACCUCAACAUACUAUUCGAAUAAUAUUAACAUCACCAGUAUUUCAUAGCGAAGAUUUUCUUAAUCAUGAUGAAAAAACUAAUGAAAAACAAAUAGAAUUAAAUCCUGAUCCAACAGAUAUGCUCGAUAAAAAUAAAUGUUUACAAGCAGCAGCUGAAAUACGUCAUUCCAAUUGGUUUACAGGAUGUAUGUUUAAUCAUAAUUAUAAUAUAAUUGUUCUUCGACUUUUACGUCAUUUACAAUAUAAUAAUCAAACUCCUUUAUCUUAUCUUAAUCUUUGGUGUCUUGUAUUACUUGUUCAUAAAUGUCAAACUCAACCAAUAAAUUCAAUUACAAAACUUUUUCGUUCUGUAUUUACUUAUUUAAGUAGUGGUAUUCUAUUACCUAAUAAACUUGGUCUAGGUAUUAUUGAUCCAUGUGAAAAAGAUCCUAUUGAUGUUGCUAAUUAUUUAACUAAUGAACAACGUUCAAUUAUAACAACUUAUGCUCAGAAUAUUGAACGUUUAAUUACUUUUGAACAAUUUGAUAAAAUAUUUCCUUUAAAUCAACAAACUGAUUAA